AUCGCGACCUCUGAGAAGAGAAAGCUAAGAAGAGAUCUCUCCAUCAGUGGAAGCGACCGACUUGAUCUCGCCUUCUUCCCCUUCUCUCUCCUUCUCUUUUCGUUCCAUUUGGUUGCAGAAACCAAUUGCCUGGGAAGUCCAGUAGAAGUUUUCGUACAGGUUAUGAUCAUUGAACAUUAGCAUUGACAUGACAUAGAUCUUUCCAUCUGAAGGACAUUCAAGAAGAUUAUUGUGGAUUUUAAAAUAGAAUUGUCAGUUUAUAUGCGUUUACCCAUGAAAUGGGGUGUCGUGGAAGGCCAUUAUUUGACCUUAAUGAACUCCCAGCUGAAGAGGAAAAUGAGAAUGAUAGUGUCCUUUUCCAGCCCCAGAAGUCUGUUCCUAUUCCAAAUCCUCACACCUCAAGCAUCUUUCCACCAUCAGAAGGUUGCCAGCGGAUAGUUAAUAACCAUGCAUUCACACAUGCUUCUUCGGGUUCAGGUUUUCAGCCUUUUGUAAGGAGUAAAGACCAACAGAACUCAAAGGAUGGCUCCAAACAGAAAGCAGAUGAUUCAAAUGCCAACCAAGCCUCAACAUCAAUGGCUACAAGUCAUAGAGAGGAUAAUAAAUUUUCACUGUUGGGGUCUUCAGGUAAUCAGGAUGCUCAAGCUGUUGAAAGGGAAGAAGGGGAAUGGUCGGAUAUGGAGGACAAUCUUGAUAAUCUUGAUACAGUUCGAAGCAAUAUUAGCGGUAAGCAUUUGGAGGUUAACACUGAAAUUGCACAGUUGCAAAAGGCAAUUGAAGAAAUUAAUCCUGUAUCUGUUAAGGCCGAUGAGAAUAGUUGCAAUGAUUCUAAUCUCCUUGGACCUAGCAAUAAUGAAGUUGGAGAUGCUUUUAAGGAUGCAAAAGUUCAAGACCCAUCAGGAUCAGAGAAUAACAGAACUGCAGACUGUAAUUAUAAAGGGGAUGCACUGGCAGAUGGCUUGGAAGAACCUUCUUCAAUUGCAAAGACCAAGGAGGUCAAAGGAGUUGAAGCCAGUUAUGCAUUGAGAUUUGCAAAUAAUCCUGCAAAGAGACCAAAGCUUGAUGAGCACAAGGAGGCAAUGUUAGGUAAGAAAAGAGGUAGGCAGACUGUUUUUAUUAAUGUGGAGGAUGCUAAGCAAGCUGGUCCUAUGAAAACUUCAACACCUAGGAGGCAAACUUCUUUUCCAACACCUAUUAUUACUCGUACUGUGAAAGACAUGUCUCGUGCUAGCCCUGCUGGUGUUGAAAGGGCUGUGGACAGACAGAGUCAGCUCAUAACCAAGGAUCAGAAGCAAUCUGACAUAGCAAGCAGUGAAGGAAGUAACCCUCUGGAGCCAAGUGACCAAAAGGCUGAAUCUAAUGGUGAUGUUAAUCCAGGGUCAAUAUCUCGCUCUAAGAAGAUAAACAACAAUGAGUUUUGUUCAGAAUCUUACUUACCACCAAUUCCAAGACAGGCUUCAUGGAAGCAGUCUGUAGACUCCAGGCAGUAUAAGAACCCAACCAUUUUAUCCCGAAAACCUUCUGUCACAGGUCAGAGCAUUUCAGAUCAGAAAUUGGGAAACAAAAAACAUCUUGCUUCUAAGAAGCAGAGUUCAAACAACAUACAGUACCAAGAUACAUCAGUGGAGCGGCUUCUGAGGGAGGUGACGAAUGAGAAGUUCUGGCAUCAUCCAGAGGAGACGGAACUUCAGUGUGUGCCUGGACGCUUUGAGUCUGUUGAGGAGUACGUGAGAGUUUUUGAGCCCUUGCUCUUUGAGGAAUGCCGAGCACAGCUCUACAGCACCUAUGAGGAGCUUACAGAGACUGUAACUAGGGAUGUACAUAUUAUGGUUCGUGUAAAAACUGUGGAAAGACGAGAAAGAGGAUGGUAUGAUGUCAUAGUUCUUCCCGUGCAUGAUUGCAAAUGGACUUUCAAGGAAGGUGAUGUUGCAGUUGUAUCAACCCCUCGGCCUGGUACAGCCAGAUCUAAUAAGAGAAGUAUUAAUUCCGGUGCAAAUGAUGACGAUGUUGAAUUGGACAUUACUGGAUGGGUUGUUGGUACUGUUAGGCGACACAUACCUAUUGACACACGUGAUCCUCCUGGGGCAAUUCUUCAUUUUUAUGUUGGCGAUUCAUAUGAUUCUAGUAGCAAGGUGGAUGAUGAUCAUAUUCUAAGGAAGCUUCAACCCCGGGGCAUUUGGUAUUUAACUGUUCUUGGGUCCCUUGCAACUACUCAGCGCGAAUACAUUGCUCUUCAUGCAUUUCGCCGUCUUAACUUGCAGAUGCAAACUGCAAUUCUGAAGCCUAGUCCUGAACACUUCCCCAAGUGUGAAGAGCAGCCUCCUGCCAUGCCUGACUGUUUCACCCAGAAUUUUGUCGAUCAUCUCCAUAGGACUUUUAAUGGUCCUCAGUUGGCUGCUAUACAGUGGGCUGCGAUGCACACAGCUGCAGGCACAAGCGGUGGAGUGGCAAAACGGCAAGAUCCAUGGCCUUUCACUCUUGUUCAGGGCCCUCCUGGAACUGGGAAGACACACACCGUGUGGGGCAUGUUAAAUGUUAUUCAUCUUGUCCAAUAUCAGCACUACUACACUGCUUUGCUCAAGAAACUUGCUCCAGAGAGCUACAAGCAAACUAGCGAGAGUAAUUCUGAGUGUGUUGGUAGCGGAUCAAUUGAUGAAGUUUUGCAAAGUAUGGACCAGAACCUCUUCCGGACUCUGCCAAAACUUUGCCCCAAGCCUAGAAUGCUUGUGUGCGCUCCUUCAAAUGCUGCCACAGAUGAGCUGCUGGCACGUGUCCUUGACCGUGGCUUCAUCGAUGGGGAGAUGAAGGUCUACCGUCCUGAUGUUGCUCGUGUUGGAGUGGAUUCACAAACCCGUGCAGCUCAGGCAGUUUCUGUUGAGCGAAGAACUGAACAGCUUUUGCUUAAGGGUCGUGAUGAGAUUAUUUGCUGGUUGCAUCAGCUGAAAAGUCGUGAACAACAGUUCUCACAAGAGAUAGCUCAUCUUCAGAGAGAACUUAACGUUGCAGCUGCAGCUGGUCGAUCCCAAGGAUCUGUUGGUGUUGAUCCUGAUGUUCUUGCUGCCCGGGAUCAUAAUCGUGAUGUACUACUUCAGAACCUUGCUGCAGCAGUAGAGGGCAGAGAUAAAGUUUUGGUUGAGAUGUCACGCCUUCUUAUCUUAGAAAGCAGGUUUCGUGCUGGAAGCAGCUUUAAUAUGGAAGAUGCACGAGCCAGCCUUGAAGCAAGUUUUGCUAAUGAAGCUGAAAUUGUUUUCACUACGUUGUCAAGCAGCGGGCGCAAGUUAUUUUCUCGUCUUAGUCAUGGCUUUGAUAUGGUAGUUAUUGAUGAGGCAGCCCAGGCCAGCGAGGUAGCAGUCCUGCCUCCCCUUUCACUGGGUGCGGCAAGAUGUGUUCUGGUUGGUGAUCCCCAGCAACUCCCUGCAACAGUCAUUAGUAAAGCAGCUGGAACCUUGUUGUAUAGUAGAAGCCUUUUUGAGAGAUUUCAACAAGCAGGUUGCCCUACCAUGCUAUUGUCUGUGCAGUAUAGAAUGCACUCUCAGAUACGUGAUUUUCCAUCUAGAUACUUCUAUCAAGGACGUCUGAUGGACAGCGAGAGUGUAGCCAACCUUCCUGACGAAAUUUACUACAAGGACCCUUUGUUGCAGCCUUACAUCUUUUAUGAUAUCAUGCAUGGACGGGAGUCCCACAGAGGGGGAUCGGUCUCGUACCAAAAUAUUCAUGAAGCACAGUUUUCUCUGCGGUUAUAUGUGCAUCUUCAGAAGUUUCUGAAAGCCAGUGGUGGCAAGAAAGUCACUGUUGGCAUAAUUACACCAUACAAGCUGCAGCUGAAGUGUCUCCAACGAGAAUUCGAGGAAGUUCUGAACUCAGAGGAUGGAAAGGAUAUCUACAUCAACACCGUCGAUGCAUUCCAGGGCCAGGAACGUGAUGUAAUUAUCAUGUCCUGCGUGCGUGCCUCAAAACAUGGUGUUGGAUUUGUUGCUGACAUACGCCGCAUGAAUGUUGCUCUUACUCGAGCUAGGAGGGCAUUAUGGGUCGUGGGCAACGCGAAUGCUCUCAUGCAGUCAGAUGACUGGGCUGCAUUGAUUGAAGAUGCUAAGGUGAGGAAAUGUUUCAUGGGCAUGGAUAGCAUCCCUAAAGAACUCUUGGUUCUGAAGGGGUCUGCCAGCACUCCAAAAGUUUCCUCGAAUAACAUGAGGAGCUCGAGGUCUGCUGGGAGGCAGCGGCAUUUUGAGAUGCUCCCAGAGCCCAAGUCUGGGACACCAUCUGAAGAUGAAGAGAAGGCAAACACACAUAUACCAAGGAAUGGUAGCUAUAGGAAUCCUAAGUAGAAUGGGAGUUCUCUGGAUGAUUUGAGGCAGUCCGGUGACAGGUCCCGAGAUGCUUUGCAGUAUGGCAUUGCUAGGAGGCAAAGAGAAUUCUUCUGGAUCUAAUAGGAGAGAUUGACAUUAACAGGCUUUCAUUUCUAUCUGGGGCUUUGUGCAAAUCCAUUUAAUUGACUGGCACUCAAUUCAUGCGGAAGCCUUAAAGAGAGAACUCGGGCAUUUGUGCAGGGGAAAAGAAGGCCUUUCUGACUGCCGACAUGCUGAUCGAUUGGGUUGCUGACCAUGAAACGCCUGCAGCUAUAAUGAUCGUCAGAAGGAAGGGCAUCCAGGAUUACUUGAGAACCAUCAUCAAAGAUGUCUCAGGUCUUCAGGAUGCUUGGAUCGAGCAGCUGCUGAGUGUUUUGGAAAGCUGACUGGGUGAGAAAUGUAAAGCUGCAAUUUUGGAAACAUUCAGCCAAGAGUACCUUAUGCUCCAUCUUUGUGGGGACUUUCGUUCACAGGUUGUGUUUGGAAAGCAAGAUAUUGAAGAGUUCCCAUUUGGAUCAAAUGCCUAGCUCAACUUCAAGCGGCAAGAUGGAGCUGCUCCAGGAACUUUGAAAGUUCGAAGACUACUCGAGCAGGCAAGAGCUCCAUUAAAUUUAGUAGUGCUUGCGUGGAGGAGACCUCCUGACAUUUUGGCAGCACUUGCUAGUUACCGUUAUACCUGCACCUAGGGCUUAACCUUAUACUUCUUGUUUGUCUGUAUAUGCUUG